GCUCUGCGGCGUAGGGGCAAGAUGGCUGCCGAGAAGCAGGUCCCGGGUGGCGGUGGCGGUGGCGGCGGUGGCGGCAGCAGCGGCAGUGGCAGCGGUAGCGGUAGCAGUGGUGGAGGCGGUGGACGUGGUGCCGGAGGAGAAGAAAAUAAAGAAAACGAACGUCCUUCAGCUGGGCCGAAGGCAAACAAAGAAUUCGGGGAUAGCCUGAGUUUGGAGAUUCUUCAGAUUAUUAAGGAAUCCCAGCAGCAACAUGGUUUGCGGCAUGAAGAUUUUCAGAGGUACAGGGGUUACUGUUCCCGCAGACAGAGACGUCUUCGGAAAACACUCAACUUCAAGAUGGGGAACAGGCACAAAUUCACAGGGAAAAAAGUAACUGAAGAUCUUCUGACUGAUAAUAGAUACUUGCUUCUGGUUCUGAUGGAUGCCGAAAGAGCCUGGAGCUAUGCCAUGCAGCUCAAAGAGGAAGCCCGCACUGAACCCCGGAAACGGUUUCACAUGCUGUCUCGCCUUCGCAAAGCUGUGAAGCAUGCAGAGGAAUUGGAACGCUUGUGUGAGAGCAAUCGUGUGGAUGCCAAGACCAAGUUAGAGGCUCAGGCAUACACAGCUUACCUCUUAGGAAUGCUGCGCUUUGAACACCAGGAGUGGAAAGCUGCCCGAGAGGCCUUUACCAAAUGCACAACUAUCUAUAGGAAGCUUGCCAGUGCUUUCACAGAGGAGCAGGCCGUGUUGUAUAAUCAGCGUGUGGAAGAGAUCUCGCCCAACAUUCGCUACUGUGAAUAUAAUAUCGGGGACCAGUCAGCCAUCAAUGAACUUAUGCAGAUGAGAUUGAGGUCUGGGGGCGCCGAGGGUCUCCUGGCUGAAAAACUGGAGGCACUGAUCACUCAGACUCGAGCCAAGCAGGCAGCUACCAUGAGUGAAGUGGAGUGGAGAGGGAGAACAGUGCCAGUGAAGAUUGACAAAGUGAGGAUCUUUCUGCUGGGCCUAGCUGAUAACGAGGCAGCUAUUGGCCAGGCUGAAAGUGAAGAUACCAAGGAGCGUCUGUUUGAGUCUAUGCUCAGCGAGUGUCGGGACGCCAUCCAAGCCGUUCGGGAGGAGCUCAAGCCAGAUCAGAAACAGAGAGAUUACAUCCCUGAAGGGGAGUCAGGGAAGGUAUCUAAUCUUCAAUACCUGCACAGCUACCUGACCUACAUCAAGCUGUCAACAGCCAUCAAGAGAAACGAGAACAUGGCUAAAGGUCUACAGAAGGCUCUGCUGCAGCAGCCGCCGGAGGAUGACAGCAAGCGCUCCCCCAGACCCCAGGACCUGAUCCGGCUCUAUGACAUCAUUCUGCAGAAUCUGGUGGAGUUACUGCAGCUUCCUGGCUUAGAGGAGGACAGAGCUUUCCAAAAAGAGAUAGGCCUCAAGACCCUGGUGUUCAAGGCUUACAGGUGUUUUUUCAUUGCUCAGUCCUACGUGUUGGUGAAAAAGUGGAGCGAAGCCCUUGUCCUGUAUGACCGAGUCCUGAAAUACGCAAACGAAGUGAAUUCUGACUCGGGAGCUUUCAAGAACAGCUUGAAGGACCUACCUGAUGUGCAAGAGCUCAUCACCCAAGUGCGGUCAGAGAAGUGCUCCCUGCAAGCCGCUGCCAUCCUGGAUGCAAAUGAUGCUCAUCAAACAGAGACUUCCUCCCAAGUGAAGGACAAUAAGCCCCUGGUUGAACGGUUUGACACCUUUUGCCUGGACCCGUCUCUCGUCACCAAGCAAGCCAGCCUCGUGCACUUCCCACCUGGGUUCCAGCCAGUUCCUUGCAAGCCUUUGUUCUUCGACCUGGCCCUCAACCAUGUGGCCUUCCCGCCCCUUGAGGACAAGUUGGAGCAGAAGACCAAAAGCGGUCUCACUGGAUACAUCAAGGGCAUCUUUGGAUUCAGGAGCUAACCAGGCUCUUUCUCUGGCGAAGAGAGUCUGACUUCAGCUGUAUCAUGACGAAGCCCCAGCGAGUUCCAUGCUAUUAAAAUCCAGGUCUGCAUUGGCCCAGGGUGGGAGUGCAGCACCUUUAGCCCUGUGUUCCUAUAUCUUGUGUUUGUGCACUUACAUUCUUAGCCCACGUGUGAGAAUGGCACCUGGCGUCUUUGGGACCCUGUGUCUGCUCAUUGUGUCUCCUAUACCUCUGGGGCACCACUGCUGCCUGGUGCCCAGUGAACCAGGACCAAUUACUGUGGUCCAUGGUACAUUAAGGGCUCCAUGCAAAGCACAGUGGGACCUUGGAAUGUCUGUCCUGUGUCCUCGGUACCAUGGAUUUGGAAGGGACUCGCUCUUGCUGUAAGCAUCCAGGAGCCCUGGAAGUGUUGUCCGUGACAAGCGUACAUUGGCGGUGUCACUUCAGAGUUACAGUCAGCCUUAUCCCUUCAUCUCCAGGUAAACAGUUUCCGAACAAGCAGAGAGCUCUAUUUUUAGAAGAAAUAUGUUACACACAAAAAUUAUGAAACCAAAUCUUUUAUUAAAAGGCAAAGAUGAUGGAGACUGUGCCUGUUUUUUACACCCAGCCUCACGCCCAGCCCAGUUCUCCCACAGGACCUGGGUGAGUGACUCCGUGAGGUCAGGUGCACCCUGACUCCUUGGCAGCCGAGUGUGCUUGCGGCCGGAUGCAAGAGGUGGUGGAGGCACUGUUUAAGAGUUCUGUGAUGUUUAGAUGCCAUCGCAUUUUAAUCUUCCUUACCCUUUUACUUUUUUACUCAGUCAUCCUAUUUUAAUUUCUGCUAUGGCAUCAGUAAUGGAUGCCACAAAGGCAAUGUAAGAAAGAAGGAAUAAAAGUGCUUUAAACAUGCA